AUGGGUUGCUGCUUCAGCAUCCCAAAGCAAGACCAAAAUGGACCCAAAAAUCAACAACCCCAUCUCAGAUCCCACGAAGCAAAGUGCAAAAUCCCACCACUUGUUGAAGAAGAAUCUGUGAAGGAGGUGCUCUCGGAGACACCCAUUUCCAAACCACAAGAAGUUCCAAUUUUGCUGCCACAAACGAAGACCCAAUUGCCCGUUAUUCAACAUCAAAAGGUACCCAUCAACAAAGCAUUGGAAUCGGAGGAAGUUUCUCUCUUUUCGGAAACAUGCAGCAACAGCGAGAGCUUCUCCACCACCACCACCCUCACCGAAAACAAAGAGGACGAAGCCACCAGCAAGCGAAGCAACAGAGAGGGAACCCGGCACCGGAACCGUUCUUACACCGUCGACGGCAAUAGAAUCGGCGGGAGAGAAAAAAGACCAAAAUCUCUGGCGAAAAUGCCGGAGAAGAGGAUUCCGGCGGGUUCACGGUCAGUUCGUCGGAGUGACUCCGACCAUACCCGCCGUGGUUCCGGCGAUGGUUCCGACCGUAGGUCGAGGUCACCGUCGUACGCCAGGACGGUCGGCGCCGGUGUUGGCCGAAGUCAUCUCCGGCCGCCGGGAGCGUCUUGUCGGAGAUUGGCGCCGGCUAAGGUUGUUAAGGAUGAAAACGAUGGCGUUUCAUUGGAGGAGUCACUUGAGAACCCGCAUGUUUCGAUGGAGUGCUUUAUUUUUCUGUAG